AUGUUGCUACCCUUGGGCCUAGAAGAGGCACAAGCUCGUGAUCCCGAGAUAGCCCGGGAGUUUGAAGGCCGUGACUUUAUCUUCCACCCGGACGGAGACCAUGGGAGCAUGUACACACACGUAGUCGACUCCAACUUGGCCUUCAUCCCCAAAUCAGUGACUCAGAUCAUCCCACGGCGUGCUCGCGUCGGCACCGUGACCGAGACUGAGUACACAACCGCGUACCUGGUGCACCCAAACGCAGCCGCCCUGGCAACUACUCGAAGCCCGCGAACAAACACCUCCACACUGAGAUCGACAAGCCCCACGGAGAUUACUCUGACCAAUGACCUACCAUAUACGGGGACAAAGCUACGACAGACCAGCUGGCCGACGUGCUCCUACAAUACAACGUCUGGUCAAACCCAGAGGUCGUCGAUGUUCCAGUUGACCGGUGGAUGA